AUGCGUUUCCAAGGCACCUCCAUCGCCUCGCUCUUCGACGGCAGUGCCUCCUCAUCGUGGCAGUGCAUCGUCGACAAGAUCAUGAGUGUCACCGCCUCAUCCGUGGUGGUGGAGCGGGCGCGGGAUGCCGUCGACGAUAGCGGCCAAGCCAUCGAGCUGCAACCGGUGAGCCGCAUCGAGCGGACGGCGAGCAGCAACUCAGUAGGCGAGCGUCGAGCAUCACACGCUGGCAGCCGCCGGUCUGAACACGCUGCGGAAGAAGAGCAAGACGAGCACGACGAGCAAGAAGAGGCGUUCGGUUCGACACCAGCGUCAGGUCCAAGCGAUCUCGACGGCAAGGGAACGCUUCUGCUGGCGAUCCAGCAUGCGUCUUCCUCGUGGGGCUUCCGAUCGGCCGAGUUCGCCUAUCCACUCAUGAUGGUCGAGCUGUUCACAAACACGCUGCUGCCUGCAUCGAUCUAUGGCUUUGUGACGACGGCUGGCGCGAUCCUCUUCUCGAACAACGUCGGCCGCAUCAUCGACACGUACUCGCACACCAAGCUGCGCACGCUGCGAGCCAUGAUCCUCUCGCAGAAGCUGCUCGUGGGUGCAUCCUAUGCGCUCUUUCUCGUGCUCUUCUCGUCGGCAUCGCUGCGCGAACAAGCAGAGAACGGCGGACGAGGCCGACAAGAUGCAGCAGCCAAUGCGGCACCCUGGGCCAUCUUUGCCGGCAUUACGCUGCUGGGCAUCGGGGUCAUGCUCUCCAAUGUCGGCGUCAGCGUCGCGGUGGAGCGCGAGUGGGUGACGAUCAUCAGCGACGGCUCUUCGGCAAGGCUCACGCGCCUCAAUGCAAUCAUGCGCCGCAUCGACCUUAUCUCCAAGCUUGUCAGCCCGCUCUUUGUGUCUGCCCUCACAUCGGCCAUGAGCUACCGGCUGGCGAGCGUAGUGCUCCUCGCGAUUAGCGCGGUCACGGCGCUCUUCGAACUCGUCUUUGUCGGCAUCGUCUAUCGCCGCUUUCCGACUCUGGCAACCAACGAAAGGGAAGCCCUAGCGAACAAGACAGCCAGCGCAGCGACAAAGCAAGCCCACUCCACGGCCAACGACCAGCAUGGCGGGAAAGGCAAAGGCGGACGAUUGGGCGAGUUGUGCAGACGCGUAACCAAGUCGGUGGUCAACGACAUCGCGCAGCAGUAUCGCGACUGGAAGCUCUUUGUCCAGCUUCCCAUUUUUCUGACGUCGGUGUGCAUCUCGCUGCUGUACAUGUCGGUGCUGUCGUUCGACCCGACGUUCAUCGCAUACCUCAAGUCCGAGACGCUCUACAGCGACGCCUUCAUUGCCGGCAUGCGUGCUGUAGGCGUGGUGACGGGUUUAAUCGGCACGUUUGUGAUGCCGGUCAUGGAGAAGAAGCUCGGCCUGGUGCGCACGGGCUCGUACUCGCUCGUGGCGGAGCUGGUGCCGUUGGUACCGGCGGUGGUGUCGCUAUGGAUCACCGGCGCACCGCAGGAUCGGUUCGGACUGUCGGACAAGCGACGCCCGAGUUGGAACACCGGACUCCUCUUCUCGGGCCUCGCUCUGUCACGCGUCGGAUUGUGGUCGUUUGACCUGGCGCAGCUCGCCAUGCUCCAAACCGCGCUCUCUCCCGAACAGCUGGGCAAGGAUGCAGGUCGCAAGAACGCGCUCAUGGCGCUGCAGUUCUCGCUGCAAAACGUCUUCGACCUCGGUCACUAUGCGCUGACGCUGGCGUGGCGGCGACCAUCCGAGUUCAAGUACGCUGCCACCGUCUCGAUUGGAGCCGUGGCCCUGGCGACGGUCAUCUACAUUGGUGGCUAUGCACGCCGAGUCCGCGGCCACAUUGUGCAUCUCGACGGCCUCCAGCGUCUGCUCAGCCGCAAGGAGCGCUGA